AUGGCAGCCGAUAGAAACCUAACAUCCAACGGUCCUCCUAAUUUCAGCAUAAGCACUCCUGAUUAUGACAAUGUAUCACAAGAUGAGGUAAAUAGGAACCCAUUUGCUGAUGAUGAAGCAGACCUUUCAUCACAUUCUACUGGCUCACCAAAUCACGGAUACGACGGCUUUCAGCAUCCACAACUGCAAAGACUAGCAAAUGCCAAUGGACUAGAGUAUGGUAAUGCUUUCCUGUCGCAUGGAGGCUACUACACUAAUGGUGGUAGUUCCAAUCUACUUAUGAAUGAAUCUUCAUCAGAUGAAUCUAGAGCUUUUAACAGAGACUAUGAUCGAUUAAAUCCUUCAAGCCCUGCCGAGUUUGAUAGGUAUCCAUCAAUGGCAGGAUCAAGAGUUGUAUCAUCAGCUUCACUAGCAACACAAAUGUAUCAAGAAAAGGACAAGAGUGGUGCUACAAAUAAUUAUCACAUCUCCCAAUCGUCAUCAUCAAACUCAAUAAAUGAUUUAGACUCACAAGCUUCAAGCCCUUAUCCCAAUGAUUUUUCCCCUUUUGGUGGGUAUCCUGCCACAUCUUUCCCUUUGAGCAUUGAAGAUAAAGAACCAGACGAUUACUUGCAUAACCCGGACCCAGUUGUUGAUGCAGAAUACGAAAAGAAUCGAUUUCUUUACGAUCUAAAGCAUAUAGAUAAACGAUCACUUGGUGGAUUAUUAGGAUUGAUUGCAUUGGCAAUUAUUGCCCUUGUUGUGUUUGUUUUAUUGCCGGUAUUGACAUACUCAGGAGCAACACAACACUACCGUCCAGAGUCGUAUGAAAUUUUGACCCAUUAUGAGUAUCCAAUGUUGAGUGCUAUACGUCAAGACUUGGUUGAUCCAGAUACCCCAGGAGAAGCAUUAACAUUGGAAUCGAAAAGUGGUGACAAAUGGAAGUUGGUAUUUUCUGAUGAGUUUAAUGCUGAAGGAAGAACAUUUUACGACGACGAUGAUCAAUUCUUUGUUGCUCCUGAUAUUCAUUAUGACGCCACCAAAGAUCUUGAAUGGUACGAUCCUGAUGCUGUCACCACUGCUAAUGGUACAUUAGUCUUGCGAAUGGAUGCUUUUAAAAAUCACGACUUGUUUUAUCGUUCUGGAAUGGUUCAAUCAUGGAACAAAAUGUGUUUUACGCAGGGAAGAAUUGAAGUGUCGGCCAGAUUACCAAACUAUGGUACUGUUUCUGGUUUGUGGCCUGGUUUAUGGACAAUGGGUAACCUUGGUCGUCCAGGGUACUUGGGCUCUACUGAGGGGGUCUGGCCAUACUCUUAUGACUCGUGUGAUGCGGGAAUUACCCCAAACCAGUCUUCUCCUGAUGGUAUCUCAUACCUUCCUGGACAACGAUUGAACAAAUGCACAUGUCCUGGCGAGUCACACCCCAAUCGUGGAGUUGGAAGGGGAGCACCUGAAAUUGAUAUCAUUGAAGGUGAAAUCAUGACCACUACCGACCCAAACAAACAAAAUAACGGUGUAGCUUCACAAUCACUUCAAUUAGCACCAAUGGAUAUUUGGUACAUGCCAGACUACGAUUUUAUUGAAAUUUACAACAAGUCAGUAACCACAAUGAAUACUUAUGCUGGUGGGCCCUUCCAACAAGCAUUUUCUGCCACUACAACAUUAAAUAUCACUUGGUAUGAGCGUGGAGAAGGGUUGGAACACCAGUAUCAACGGUUCGGGUUUGAGUAUCUCAACGAUGAUAGUGAUGGUUACUUGAGAUGGUAUGUGGGAAGAGAUCCCACGCUUACAGUUUAUUCUACAGCAUUGCAUCCAAAUGGAAAUAUAGGUUGGAGACCCUUGUCCAAAGAACCCAUGUCAAUGAUUCUCAAUCUUGGUAUUUCAAAUAACUGGGCUUAUAUCGAUUGGAACUCAAUCCAUUUUCCGGUAUCGUUCCACAUUGAUUACGUUAGAAUAUACCAACCAGAAGAUCAAAUUAAUGUUGGUUGUGAUCCAGAAGAUUACCCCACUUAUGAUUAUAUUCAACAACAUUUGAAUCUUUACUCAAAUCCAAAUAUCACUUCAUUUGAAGAUGGUGGGUAUAGUUUCCCCAAAAACAGUUUGUUACACGAAUGUUAG